CUUAUUUAGACCAAAUGGCUAAUACUGCUAGCGAUCUUAAUAGUAAAGAGUGUUCACAUUGUGGAAGAGACAAGAUUCGUAUUGAAUUCAUUUCAUCCUAUGGAGAUCGUGGAGGAAAAGAAAGUGAAUAUUCUAAUUGCAAUGAUUGUGCAGAAAAAAAGAGAAAAUCUUCAAAUUCUGAAUUGGCUGAGUUAGAAGAGUUGGUUGCUGACUAUUUUACAAAUAUUAAAGAAGAUCAAAUAAAGUUUUUAAAAAACUUUGAACUUGAAGAUGAAUAUUAA